AGACACGCGGAGGGACGGAGAGGGAGGGAGGGAGGGUGGUGGUGGUGGGGGGACUGUAUCGCGCCACGGCUUUGCACCUAUUCCGGCGGGUCGUGCUUCGGCCGUAUAAAGCAGGCGUGUCUCCGCGUGUGGUUCAAUCACUGAGUCCGCAGCUUUACGUCUCGUCUCCGGGACGCUGGAUUAUGUGGAGCCCGCUGCACGUUAACAUCUUCUCUUUCUGACUUUGGACGCUUCCAGAAGACGCUUUUUUUUUUUUUUUAGGGGGUGUGUGGAGGAGAACAUUUGAUCUGAACUUUUUUCCCCGUGAGAAGAUGGAGAACAAGGAGGAGCCAAAGAGCUGUUCGGUCAGUGUCCUUACCUGGGAGCAGGUGAGCCGGCUGAACGAGGUCCUGACGGAGGUGGUGCCCGUCCACGGGCGGGGGAACUUCCCGACCUUGGAGGUGCGCCUGAAGGACAUCGUGGCCCGCGUGCGCUCCCGCCUGGAGCGGCGCGGCAUCGCCGUGAAGGACGUGCGGCUCAACGGCUCCACGGCGAGCCACGUGCUGGUGCAGGACGUGGGCUGGAGCUACAAGGACCUGGACAUCAUCUUCAGGGUGGACCUGCCGCACGAGGCCGAGUUCCGGCUCGUAAAGGACGUGGUGCUGGGCACCCUGCUGGACUUCCUGCCCGAGGGCGUGAACAAGGAGAAGAUCACGCCCGUGACCUUGAAGGAGGCGUACGUCCAGAAGCUGGUGAAGGUCAACACGGAGCAGGACCGCUGGAGCCUCAUCUCGCUCUCCAACAACGACGGCCGCAACGUGGAGCUGAAGUUCGUGGACUCGAUCCGCCGGCAGUUCGAGUUCAGCGUGGACUCCUUCCAGAUCGUGCUGGACUCCAUGCUCGCCUACUACGAGCUGGCGCCGACGCCGAUGACGCCGGCGUUCCACCCGACGGUGCGCGGCGAGAGCGUCUACGGCGACUUCGACGUGGCGCUCGGCCACCUGUUCGGCCGGCUCAUCGCCACCAAGCGGCCGGAGGAGAUCCGCGGCGGCGGCCUGCUGAAGUACUGCAACCUGCUGGUGCGAGACUUCAGGCCCGCCAGCGAGGAGGAGUUCAAGGCCCUGGAGCGCUACAUGUGCUCCCGCUUCUUCAUCGACUUCCCCGACAUCGGCGAGCAGCAGCGCAAGGUGGAGGCCUACCUGCAGAGCCACUUCGUCGGCGAGGAGAAGAGCAAGUACGACUACCUCGUGAUCCUGCGGCGGGUGGUGGACGAGAGCACGGUGUGCCUCAUGGGCCACGAGCGGCGCCAGACGCUGCACCUCAUCUCGCUGAUGGCCUUCCGGGUGCUGGCGGAGCAGAACGCCAUCCCCGACGCGUCCUGCGUCACCUGCUACUACCAGCCGGCGCCGUACGUCCGGGACCACAACUUCAGCAACUACUACGUGGCCAACCAGAACAUUCCAACAUGGCUGCCGUGUAACUGACGCAAAUAAAACGGCAUUUAAAAAAAAUUUAAAAAAAACACACACGAUUGGAAAGUGCUGCUGCUUUUUUGAGAAGAGAAGGCAUUAAAGAAAAAUAAAUAAAAUCUCCCCUGGAAAAAAAAAAAUAUAUUGAGGCAAUAAAUACUUUGUUCCUCUCGAGGCACAAUUCUA